AUAAAUUCAUGUAACUAAAUUUGCAUCAUUGAACAACAUUUUCAUAUGUACUGUUUGUUGACAAUAAGCCUUAUAUUGUGAGACAUAAGUGAAAUCAUUCACCUUAAAACUUCAAGUUACUGUAAAUGUAAAUGAAGGGACUGAAUAAUAUUGAUAUUGAAUAGAUUCAACUGGGGAAUAUUAUGAAUGAGAGUCUCAUUUGGUACAAGGUACACUGGAGCAACAACGGUGGCCGGACCUCUCUUACAACCAGAGGUUAAUUCUAGUGCUGAGCUAAUUUUAGACCUAUGUAAUGUUGUGUGGACAAUGAGUCAUAUGAGCCAACAUGUCAAUUUUCCCAAGAAAAUGCCAAGAGCUCAUGAGUCGAGUUUACUCCUUUAGAAAUAAGCAUCAAGGAAUGGAAAGUUUUAGAGAAAAGAAGAUUGUCAAUUUUUAAUUUGUAUUGUGUUAUCCUCUUGAUGAAUAUAUCUUGACCGUUUUUAAUUCAUGUAACUAAACUCGUCAUUAUUAUUGUGUUAUUAAUCACUUUAAGGUUCUCCUUUUCAUUUGUUUCUUUUUCACUUUCUCAGCAAUUUUAUCUGGUAUGUUGACAAGAGUCUUGGUUGGAGCAAAAUUUGCAGAGUUACUUAAGCACAUGUGACAGUACGAGCCCACAUAAAUAGUGCUAAGAACUAGCAUUGGAGAUGCUUUUAUUUAGAACUAAGAACCAAGAGAAGUUCUUGACCUUUGAACAAAACGAAGAGAAAGGAUGAGCAAUGAGGAAGGAAAGUUGGUGUGUGUGACUGGUGGUUCAGGCUAUAUUGCUUCAUGGAUUGUCAAGUUUCUUUUGGAAAAUGGUUACACUGUUAGAGCCACUGUUCGUGACCCUGGUAAUCACUACAAGGUUGAGCACUUGGUUAAACUUGAUGGAGCAAAGGAGAGGUUGCAACUGUUUAAGGCAGAUCUGUUGGAAGAAGGUUCCUUUGACUCUGCUAUUGAGGGCUGCAAUGGCGUCUUCCAUAUCGCUUCACCUGUUCGUAUGUUUGUCGAGGACCCCCAGGCUGAAUUGAUUGAUCCAGCAGUGAAGGGAACUCUUAAUGUUCUCAAAUCAUGCGCAAAAUCACCAUCUGUGAAACGAGUUGUCUUAACUUCUUCUACUUCUGCUGUUCUAUUUAAUGGAAGGCCUAAAAGUCCUGAAGUAGUGGUUGAUGAGACAUGGUUUUCAGAUCCAGAUUUCUUAAGGGAAUCAAAGCUUUAUCAUUUGUGGUACACAAUUUCAAAGACAUUGGCUGAGGAUACUGCCUGGAAAUUCGCAAACGAAAACAGAAUUGACCUGGUUGUUAUUGUCCCGGGUCUGGUAGCUGGACCUCCCUUACAACCAGAGGUUAACUUUAGCCUUGAACCAAUUUUAAACUUAAUUAAUGGUUUACCAUUUCCGAAUUCGUCUAUUGGAUGGGUUGAUGUGAAAGAUGUUGCUAAAGCACAUAUUCAAGCAUAUGAGAUUGCUUCAGCUAGUGGAAGAUAUUGUAUGGUUGAGAGAGUGGUACACUGCUCUGAAAUUGCAAGGAUUUUACAUGAUCUGUACCCAACAUUACAAAUUUCAAAUAAGUAA